AUGCCUAUGCUGAAGGAGCCGUCGCAAAAGUACAAGCCGUACACUCCUCUCAACCUUCCUGACCGCCAAUGGCCGUCGAAGGUCGCGACAAAGCCACCAUAUUGGCUGUCCACCGAUCUCCGCGAUGGGAAUCAGGCCCUCGCGAACCCUAUGACCGUCGCACAAAAGACCCUCUUCUUCCACACCCUCCUCAAAUGUGGAUUUAAGGAAAUCGAGGUCGCAUAUCCUGCUGCAAGCGACACAGACUUCAACUUCGUGCGCGGGCUCAUUGAGCAGGGCCAGGUGCCGGACGACGUGUGGAUCCAGGUUCUCACUCCUGCCCGCGAAGACCUGAUCAAGCGUACGAUCGAGUCUGUCGCAGGCUGCAAGCGUGCUAUCAUUCACAUGUACAACGCCACGUCGUGUCUCUUCCGCGAGGUCGUCUUCCGGAACUCAAAGGAGGAGACCGUUGCGCUGGCCGCGAAGCACACCAAGAUCAUCAGGCAGCUCACAGAGGAGUGCACGGCGAAGUAUGGGACGAUCUUCCGGUACGAGUACAGCCCGGAGACGUUCACACAGACGGAACCCGAGUUCGCCGUUGAGGUCUGUGAGGCCGUCAAGGCGGCAUGGGGCAAAGCCGGACUGGGCGAUGAGCGAAUCAUCUUCAAUCUGCCUGCAACUGUCGAGAUCGGCCCCCCGAAUCAUUAUGCUGAUCAGGUUGAGUAUUUCUGUCGCCAUAUAUCCGAGCGCGAGAAGAUCGUUGUCAGUCUGCAUCCUCACAAUGACCGCGGUCAGGGCAUUGCUGCGGCUGAGCUCGCCAUGCUUGCGGGCGCCGACCGCGUGGAGGGCUGUCUGUUCGGUAACGGCGAGCGUACAGGCAACGUUGACCUCGUGAACCUCGCGCUGAACCAGUACACGCAAGGCAUUAGCCCCGGGCUUGAUUUCAGCGAUAUUCAGGCGGUCAUCGACGUGGUGACACAGUGCAACGACCUGCCGGUGCACCCGCGGCAUCCGUACGCCGGCGAGCUCGUGUUCACAGCAUUCUCCGGAUCGCACCAGGACGCCAUCAAGAAGGGCUUCGAGGUGCAGCGAGUACGCCACGCCGAAGCUGCCAGGAAGGGCGAGCCGCAACACUGGGAUAUGCCCUACCUGCCCAUCGACCCUGCGGACCUUGGCUGCAACUACGAGGCCGUGAUCCGAGUUAACGCGCAAUCUGGCAAGGGCGGCAUUGCAUACCUGGUGCAGCAGCACCUUGGCUUGGACAUGCCCCGCAAGAUGCAGAUUGCAUUCUACUCGGUCAUUCAGGACAUCGCAGAUCGCGAGGCCCGCGAGAUGACCGUGGAGGACAUUACAACGGCGUUCAGGAAGACAUACCACUACGGUGGCUCGACAUACGAGGGCAGGCUUGUCCUCAAGUCCUUCAAAAUCUCCUCAGAGCCGUCGGCAGACUUGCCUAACGGGGACGAGGCUGCGGACGAGCGUCGCCAAUUUGACGGCACGGUCUCGGUCGACGGUGUCCUGCGCGUUAUCCGGGGUGACGGCAACGGCCCGCUGUCCGCCCUGCUUGACGCCCUGCGCACGCAUCUCGACAUCGACCUGUCGCUGCGUGAGUAUUCGGAGCACGCCAUUGGCCAGGGCCAGGACACUCGCGCCGCCUCGUACGUCGAGCUCGUGCCCCUCGCACGCGAUGUGAAGGAGAUCCGGCGCUCAGCCGAGUCAUGGUGGGGCAUUGGCGUCGACGCCGACAUCACAGGCUCAGGCCUCCGUGCGGUGCUCAGCGCGGCCAACAGCGCCAUCGGCGACCGCGAGCUGCCGGAGCUCCAGCUGAGCGUCGGGUUCAGCGCGAAGACGAGCCAGGCGGACAUCGCGUCCGUCGUGCUGCACGAGCUCCAGCUCGAGCUGCCGCGCCGUUUGCAGGCGCAGUUCUUCGAGGUCGUGCAGCGCGCGGCGCGCGAGACAGCUGGGCAGAUGUCGUACGGCGCGCUCAUUCAGCUCUUCCGCGAGACGUACCGGUACGACAUCCCCGACACGGAGGAGACGUUCGCGCUCCGGGGCUUCAAGAUGGAGAACCUGGGCGAGAGCGGCCGCAAGGAGCUCACGGGCGAGUUCGUCAUCAACGGGAAGCUCACGCGCGUCCAGGGGCAGGGCAACGGUCUGCUGACCGCCGCCCAGGCCGCGUUGAACGCCCACAUCGACGGCAAGGCUGUCAUCCGCGAGUAUGCCGAGCACUCGAUCGGCAAGGGCUCGGAGGUGAAGGCUGCGUCCUAUAUCGAGCUGGCGUACGAAGCGGAUGGCGGCGCGAUCAGGCUGAACGCUUGGGGCAUUGCUACCGAUACUGACAUUACAGCCUCCGGACUGAAGGCCCUCCUCCGUGCAUCCGGCACGUUGGACAAAAUGCAUAGGAAGGCGCUAGAGCAGAAGUAA